AUGCUUCUCCUCAAGCGCUGGAACUCCCUCAGCUGCCACACGAACAACUACAAGCACACGGCGUCAUGGGGGUGGACCACUGGGAUGGAGGGAUCGAUCAAUCUUGGAUGCGGCGCCCUGUUUGGGUACUCUGGGCAUCCGCGAUGGGUGGCCAAGGGCGGCACGUUGGUGAUCAGCGUCCCGCUGCCGACGAAGGGCUACGCCACGCACAUCCAGGUCAGCUUCGUGGCGCGCCACCGCGGAACCUGGAUCGACUCGAAGCUGUGCAAGAGUAUGCUCGGCGAGGUGCUCUGGAGGUGCACCAUCCGGAAGAAACAUCAGGACGCGGUGGGAAAGAUUCAUGGUGGUUAUGUGAGAACUGAUGAUGGGAAUCUGGCGGCGAUGAUGGAGUUCCAAAUAUCAUGGACCUACAUCGCAAAUAAUAUCACGGGAAUAUGUACCGAUUUAUUAGGCACCACGGUCUCGCGGGCUGGCUUGUUGACGUUCCUACCGGCGGGCGGCUCGACGGCGACGCUGGCGACAGCAACGGUGAUGUUCGUGGUGACAGUGAUGUUGUUCCCAGUGGCAGGCCUGAGCGCUUUUGGCUCUGCGCUGAUUCCAGUGACGAAGCGGUCGGUGGUCGUGGUGGUCGUGGUGGAGUUGGAGGUGGUGGUCUUGCGACUGGUGGAUGGACAGGAUAGUGGACAUCCCAUUAUGCUGUGGCUGUGCGGUGUCGGAACUUGCAACUCCGACGCCGUGCAAACCUUUACUGGCCAGUGGCCACAGGCCACACGUUCUUUGCGAGCCACCAUUGCCGACAAACAGCCAAAGCGCCAUAACCGCAUGUACAGCAUCCGUACCAUACCAUACACAAGCUGGGGCAGGCAAUAUCACGAGCCGAACAUCCGGAAGCUGGCCACUGGGCAGUGGGCGGCCUGA